UCGCUUUUUUGCUUUGCCGUUACUUUAGUUUAUCGCUAUGAUUCAAAUAAAUCGAAAGCGGCAAAAUGCCAUGGGACUAUUCGAGACCAAACAAUGGAAAAUCACGAUCAGAUUACAGAAAGUCACUGGCCUUUAUUGCUUUCAAAGUCAUCGAAAAAAUGUCAUCUGCUGGCUUAAUAUUUUUUUAUUCACUUUGUCGUUCAUGAUUGCUAUGGGAGUUAGACUUGUCAUGGAAAUCGGUGUUCAUAACGAAAUCGUCAUCGAGAACAUGUUGGGGGAAUCGUACAUGCUGAUUAUUUUAUCAAAAUUAGCAAUGAGCAUUCUGAAAAGGAAAUCAGUAAUUCAAUGUUAAAUUUAAUUUUUUUACGUAGCUGUCAUAAAAAAAAAUCAAAUUCUUGAUUGCAGUUCAAAAGUAUUUACACAAAGAUCGAAGAUCACUGGAGUAUGAUGAAAGACGCCGAGGAGCUCGUUAUCAUGUCCAAAAACAUGAAUCAAGGCCAUCGAAUCGUAAAAAUUUACUCGCUGUACUGUAUCGUUGGUAUGGGAUGUUUCAUCGCUAUGCCGAUAGCCUAUCCAUUGCUAGAUUACGUGAUACCGAUGGAAAAUAUAACCCGAACCAUGCGCGAGCCCGUCUACGUCGAGUACGGCAUCGACAUUGAGAAGUAUUACUUCCCUCUGAUGACCCAGGGCGUUUUCGGCGGUCUUGUCUGCGUCUCGCUUUUCGUGGCGUUCGAUGUGAGCUACAUGAUGCUGACGAAUUACGUGAUUGGCCUGUUCACUUUGGCCAAACAUCGUUUAAGGAAGAUUAAUAGACUGAUAUGGGUAAUGCAGCAGCGCAAUGUCAACACGAAGAAGUCAAAUUGGCCUAUUCCUUAUAUCGUGCAGGCCAUCGAAACUCAUCAGCUUGCCGUGGCUUAUGCCAACGACUUAGAAGCCAAGUACAAUAAAGCGUGGUUUGCACCUCUCCUUAUUAACAUAACCAGUAUCGGAGGUUGCUUCGCUAUCCUAACGGUAAAGGAUACCCUAGAAGAAAUUUUUCGGUACUUCGCGAUGCUCUGUGGUGCCUUCAGUCACUUUUAUUUCAUCUUUUUACCGGGACAAUUGAUCAUCAACGCUAGCGAAGAAGUUUUCCAUGCCUGUUAUGCGGUUAAUUGGUACAAUUUGUCUGUCAAAUCUAAAUAUUUGUUAAAAAUUAUCAUGAUCAGGAGUUUGAGGGCCUCAUAUUUGACAGGAGGUAAAAUGUUUUCACUUUCCAUGGAGACCUACUGCAGUAUGCUCAAGACCAGCUUUUCGCUCAUCGCUAUCUUGAAGAGAUUGAUGUAA